AAAGUUUUAACAAUAAAUCAUAAAAUCUAUUCUUUAUCCUAACAGAAAAUCCCUGUGAGAAGCCUGAAGGAAACAUCGUCAUGUUAUCUCUAGAUUAUAAAAAAGAUGAAGACACCAGGCAGCGCUCUUCAGAAGAAAACUUCAUUACCUGUAAUGUACAUCCAGGACUUCACAAUGCAGAGCCAUCAAAUAAUUCCCCCAAGAAUGAGGAACUUUCUAAUGACCAAUCACAGAUUAUCAACCCAAGUCCAAAUCUAUCAUAUAAUCAUCCUAAACAUGAGGAAUCUUCUACUGAUCAAUCACAGAUUAUUACUCCAAAUAUAAGACAGAAACAGGGUAAAAUGUUUAAUUGUGAGGAACGUGGAAAACAGUUCAGAUGUAAGUCAGAGCUUUCUGUACACAGAAGUCGUCACAAAGGAGAGAAGCCGUAUUCAUGUUCAGAAUGUGGGAAAUGUUUUACCAAGAAAUCAUAUCAUGAUCGUCAUAAAAGAAGUCACACAGGAGAGAAGCCAUAUUCAUGUUCAGAAUGUGGGAAAUGUGUUUCCAAUAAAUCACGUUUUGAACAACAUAAAAUAAUUCACACAGGAGAGAAGCCAUAUUCAUGUUCAGAAUGUGGGAAAUUUUUUACACAAAAAAUAUUUCUUACUACACAUUUGAGAAUUCACACAGGAGAGAAGCCAUAUUCAUGUUCAGAAUGUGACAAAUGUUUCACACAUAAAAAAGGUCUUACUACACAUCUCCGAAUUCACACAGGAGAGAAGCCAUAUUCAUGUUCAGAAUGUGGGAAAUGUUUUAACCAGAAAUCAAGCCUUGAUGAACAUAAAAGAAUUCACACAGGAGAGAAGCCAUAUUCAUGUUCUGAAUGUGGAAAAUGUUUCAUAGAAAAAAAAGUUCUUGCUAAACAUCUCAGAAUUCACACAGGAGAGAAGCCUUAUUCAUGUUCAGAAUGUGGGAAAUGCUUUAACCGAAAAUCAAGCCUUGAUCUACAUAAAAGAAUUCACACAGGAGAGAAGCCAUAUUCAUGUUCAGAGUGUGGUAAAUGUUUUACAGAUAGAUCAUCUCUGCUUGCACAUCAGAGAAUUCACACAGGAGAGAAACCACAUUCAUGUUCAGAAUGUGAGAAAUGCUUUAACCGAAAAUCAAGCCUUAAUCUACAUAAAAUAAUUCACACAGGAGAGAAGCCAUAUUCAUGUUCAGAGUGUGGUAAAUGUUUUACAGAUAGAUCAUAUCUGCUUGCACAUCAGAGAAUUCACACAGGAGAGAAACCACAUUCAUGUUCAGAAUGUGGGAAAUGCUUUAACCGAAAAUCAAGCCUUGAUCUACAUAAAAGAAUUCACACAGGAGAGAAGCCAUAUUCAUGUUCAGAGUGUGGUAAAUGUUUUACAGAUAGAUCAUCUCUGCUUGCACAUCAGAGAAUUCACACAGGAGAGAAACCACAUUCAUGUUCAGAAUGUGGGAAAUGCUUUAACCGAAAAUCAAGCCUUGAUCUACAUAAAAUAAUUCACACAGGAGAGAAGCCACAUUCAUGUUCAGAAUGUGGGAAAUGCUUUAACCGGAAAUUAAGCCUUGAUCUACAUAAAAGAAUUCACACAGGAGAGAAGCUAUAUUCAUGUUCAGAAUGUGGGAAAUACUUUUACCGGAAACCAAGCCUUGAUCUACAUAAAAGAAUUCACAGAGGAGAGAAGCCAUAUUCAUGUUCUUAAUGUGGGAAAUGCUU